AUGGCGACUGCCUCCAUCGUCCAGCCUGUGCCCGUCAAACGCUCCGAUUCCGACAUAUCUCCCAAGACGACUGUACCUCCGAGCGAUUCGGAGACAAGGGGUCCUAAGGCUGACUAUUUCUCCUGCGACUCCAACACUGUCGAUGGAUCCAAUACUAGUGUGAGGGCCAGCGACGGCGACGACGAGUCGUCUGGUCACAAAUCGAGCGUCUCUUUUGCUGCCGACCCCCCGUCAGUUCGCAGCGCAAGCCUCGAGAGCAACGAUAAUGCAGGAAAAGCAACCGGAUCAUUGAUUAGCAGGCACUCAUCCAUCAGCUCUGUCACGUUCCGUUCUCCAAAAGAUCCUGCACUGCCACAAGGAAAGCCUCAAAAGAUGGGCAACGCGCGUAUCCGUGUCAGUUCUCCUGCUCCAGCUAGGUUCCGGAACCACAUCUCCUUCGACAACGUCCCAACCGGCGAGCCGACCAAGAACAAUGCCAUCUCGCUGACACUCAAUGUUCGGCAUCGUGGAUAUCAAGCGCGACGAAGGUCACGCACCUUUAUGGUUGGCGUCGACGAGCACCCCUACUCCGACUAUGCGUUGCAGUGGUUGCUUGACGAGCUGGUCGACGACGGGGACGAUGUCGUGUGUGUGAGAGUAAUUGAGAAGGAUAUUCGCAGCAUCGACAAGUCCUACCAGGAGGAGGCCGAGUCGAUUCUGAAAGGUGUUGUGAAGCGAAAUGGCUCUAACAGGGCUAUCAACAUCAUUCUUGAAUACGCCGUCGGCAAACUACAUACAACUUUCCAAACAUUGAUCCAGAUGUAUCAACCUGCUAUGCUCAUUGUCGGAACCAGAGGCCGCACACUGGGUGGCUUUCAGGGCCUGAUCAACACACACAACUCUUUCUCCAAGUAUUGUCUCCAAUACUCACCCGUGCCCGUUGUCGUGGUUCGACCAACGGAUAAACGCCUCAAGAAGAAGACGAAACGUGCCAACGAUUCAACUCGCCAGACAUAUGUGGGCAUGCUGGCCGCAACCGCUGGUAGGCAUGAGGCGGACAGCGAAGCGAGCAGUACCUAUGAGCUGGAGGUCUCCAACACACCCGACGAGGAGGCCCAUCAGGUUGCACGAGCUCUGGGCCUUCCUGCAUCGUUUGACCCAACGAUCAAGCCCAUCAACCCCAGUCAACUCUUGAAUACUCGAACUCCCGGCCCGGCGAGCAUCAAUACUCUCGAUGAAGCCCCAGAAGAUCAACGAGUUGUCAAGGAUCCUGCCACCGCAGGCGCGGAGAGCGAUGAUGAUGACGACGACGAUGGUGAAUUCGAGGUCAUGUCAGGACAGCAGAUCUUGGACAAGCAGAAGCUCGAGCAGCUCCAUAAGAUGGAGGUGGGCGAGGCUGCCGCUCUAAAGAUGAAGAUGGAGGACGAUGAUGACGAUGAUGAUGAUACCCCCACGCGCCAGAAGAGCACAUCAUAG